CCAUUAACUCCAAAAAAAAAAAAUGUGUGUUUGCUCCUCAAAAUUAUACUUUUAUUACAAUUAAUCAAGAUUUUUUGUUUUUGUUGUUGAUUCCUGAAGGUUUUUAUCAAUCUUUCUCUAUUCCCAAUGCAAGAAAAGAACUUGUAGAAAUAUUACACAAGGGGGGUGACACAAUUUUUGCAUAUUUUCUUGUGUUUUUCUCUUCUUCUUCACUACUACUGCUACUACUGAUGCAAGUCCCAAUGGAGAUAAAACUUUUUCAGCCUUUGUACAUCACUACUACUUUCUUGAUUUUUCUUUCUUUGAUUGUUGUUUUCCCUGUUUUAGCUGUUGAUCCUUUUACACAAGGACUCUUGAGCUUAAAAACUGAAGUUCUUGAUAAUUCCAACAGUUUGAAAGAUUGGAUUUUGCCUUCUGCUUCAACUGAUAAAAUUUAUGCAUGUUCUUGGUCUGGUGUGAAAUGUAAUGAAAAUUCUUCUUUGAUUAUUGGCUUGGAUCUUUCUGUGAAAAAUCUUGGUGGGGUUCUGUCAGAGAAUCAAUUUAGUUUAUUUUCAGACCUUGUUGAGCUGAAUUUGAGUCAUAACUCAUUUUCUGAGAAACUCCCUGUUGGGAUUUUCAAGUUGAGUAAUUUGAGAAGCUUGGAUAUUAGCAGGAACAAUUUUUCUGGUCAUUUCCCAAGUGGGAUUUCAAAUCUUCAUUCUCUUGUCAUUCUUGAUGCUUUUAGUAACAGCUUCUCUGGUCCUUUGCCUAAAGAUGCUUCACAAAUUGAGUCACUCAAGGUACUGAAUUUUGCAGGGAGUUAUUUCAGUGGUCCAAUUCCUUCUGAGUAUGGCUCAUUCAAGAAUCUUGAUUUCAUUCACUUAGCUGGAAAUUCUCUGAGUGGUAAAAUACCACCAGAAUUAGGGAUGCUGAAAACAGUAAUUCAUAUGGAGAUUGGUUAUAAUUUAUAUGAAGGAACCAUACCUUGGGAACUUGGGAAUAUGAGUAAGAUUCAGUAUCUUGAUAUUGCUAGUGCAAAUUUAUCUGGUUCAAUACCAAAAGAGCUGACUAAUUUGACCAAUCUUGAGUCACUUUUUUUGUUUAGAAAUCAGCUUAGUGGUAAAAUUCCAUGGGAGUUUGGAAACAUCAUAUCUUUAUCAAGUUUGGAUCUUUCUGAUAAUUAUCUUUCAGGCCCAAUCCCUGAGAGUUUCUCCGAGUUGAAAAAUCUAAAGUUGCUUAGUGUUAUGUACAAUGACUUAAGUGGAACUGUUCCUGAAGGAAUUGCAAAGCUUCCACAGCUUGAUACACUUCUAUUAUGGGACAAUUGGUUUAAAGGUUCACUCCCAAAAGAUUUGGGCAAAUAUUCAAAGCUGAAAUAUGUUGAUGUUUCGACAAACUAUUUUGUAGGUAGCAUUCCACCAAGUAUAUGUUCAGGUGGGAUGUUACAAAGGUUGAUCCUUUUUUCGAAUAAUUUCACUGGUGGACUCUCUCCAUCACUUUCCAAUUGUUCCUCUCUUGUUCGGAUCCGUAUCGAAGACAAUUUAUUCUCAGGUGAUAUCUCUUUGAACUUUGGCAAGUUUCCUGAUUUGUCAUAUGUUGAUAUGUCUAGAAAUAGGUUCACUGGAGGGAUUCCUACUGAUAUUUCCUUAGCUUCCAAGCUUGAGUACUUCAAUGUGUCUAAUAAUCCAAAUCUUGGAGCCGUAAUCUCGGAGAAGACAUUGUCUUUGUACGCACUACAGAAUUUCUCAGCUACAAAUUGUAGCAUUUCAGGGGAUUUUCCUCCUUUUGGACCUUGCAAAUCUUUACUGGUUCUUGAAUUGAGUAUGAACAAUGUUUCCGGGAUUCUCCCUCAAAGCAUAAGCAACUGCCAAAAUCUUCUGAGCUUAGACUUGGCCAACAACAAUUUAAGUGGUGAAAUACCUGUUGGACUUGCUAGCCUUCCUGAUAUUAGUGUUGUAGACCUGUCACACAAUAGUUUUAGCGGUUCUAUUCCGGCCAAGUUUGGAAGUUCUUCCAGCUUACAACUUCUUAAUGUGUCAUUCAACGAUCUCUCGGGUUUGAUUCCAUUUGAAAAGAGUUUUAAGGUGAUGGAUAGUAGUGCCUUCUGGGGUAAUCCUAAGCUCUGUGGAACACAGUUGAGGCCUUGUCGUGGACCGAAUGGACUAGAGUUAGGAAGCAGAAAGACGCAAAAGCUGGCAUGGGUUUUCAUAACCUGUGGUAUCAUAGUGUUGGCUAUUACAGCUGCAUUUUUCGGAGUAUAUUUCAGAAGAAGAGGUCAAGGGCAGUGGAAAAUGGUUUCUUUUAGUGGAUUUCCUCGGUUUACAGCAAAUGAUGUUUUGAGGAGCUUCAAUUCUAUCGAAGAAACCACGGAUAUGGUGCCGCCCUUCGCUGGUUCUGAUUGCAAAGCUGUUCUGCCAACAGGAAUUACCGUCUUGGUGAAGAAGAUCGAAUGGAGGACAGAGAGAAUGAAGGCUAUGCUGGACUUGAUAUCGAGGAUGGGCAAUGCAAGGCACAAGAAUUUGACCAGAUUGUUGGGAUGUUGCUACAAUAAGCGUAUGGCUUACCUGUUGUGUGACUACUUGCCUAAUGGAAAUCUGGCCGAAAAGAUCAGGACGAAGAGAGAUUGGGUGACCAAGCAUAAAAUCAUUGUGGCAAUUGCUAAGGGACUGUAUUUCCUGCAUCAUGAUUGCUACCCCGCGAUACCUCAUGGGGAUUUGAAGACAAAUAACAUUAUGUUUGAUGAAAACAUGGAACCUCAUUUGACUGAAUUCGGUGUUAGAUUCUUGAUACAAUUAAAUAAUGGUCUGUCGGUAGCACGAGUUGGAAAUGAAUCAGGUGAAAUCGAGCAAGCUAUAAAGGAAGAACUUUACAGGGACAUAUACAACUUUGGUGAGCUCAUUCUGGAAAUCUUAACCAACGGGAAGCUGUCAAAUGCAGCGACGAGCAUUAAGAACACCUCCAAAGAUGUUCUUUUGAGAGAGGUUUUGGAUGAGAAUGAUGUUGCUCCAUCGAGCUCGGUCCAAGAGGAAAUAGAACUGGUUCUUGAAGUUGCUUCACUUUGCACCAGAGUUAGACCUUCAGAUAGGCCAUCAAUAGAAGAUGCACUAAAGCUUGUUACUUGUUUGAAGAAACAAGGGUAAUGAUGUUCUUAAACUAGAAUGCCAAUAUUUAGACAUGAUUAGAAAUUCUGAAGCACAAAAUAUGUUGUAAAAGUCUUUUAUUUCAAUUGCUUUUUGUUACUUCAUCUAGUCAAGAAGUUGAUGCCUUUUCUUUUGUCAGGAAUAGAAUGUUUUUGAUGUAAAGUAGAGGAAUGUAAGUAAGUUCUAUCCUCAGCAAUAUAAGGGUUGUUAUUCUAUCUUUUUUA